AUGGAAAUUGCCGCAUUGAAUCAUUUUAACGAAACUGUUACCUUUAAAGGGCGAAGGUAUGAGGUUCAGUUGCCUUGGGUAACAGAAAAGGACUGUUUAAGUCAAAAUUUCGAUAUUGCUAGACAGCGUUUAAACAGUACGACACACCGGUUGAUACAAAAAGGCAAAUUCGAGGAUUACGAAAAUGUUUUCACAGAUUGGUUAAAUGAAGGAAUUAUAGAAGAAGUCCCUGAACACGAAAUGAAUAAUCAGUGUCACUAUUUACCACAUAAAGGGGUAUUCAAAGAACCAAGAACUUCGACCACGAAAUUGCGACCAGUAUUUGAUGCUUCCUGUAAAGACAAAAAUUCGCGCUCACUUAAUGAUUGCCUAGAAAAGGGUCCAAAUUUGAUGGAACAAAUUAUUCCUAGAAUUUUAAGAUUUCGCAAGAAUAGAAUAGGAGUUACUUCAGACAUAAGAAAGGCUUUUUUGCAAAUGUCAGUGAAUAAGAGUGAUCGAGAUUUCUUACGAUUUUUAUGA